CUUCUCUACCAUUCCUCGAGUCAGCUCAGCCUUUACGAGAAAAGUCAUCACUAGAAGCACCAUGCCAAGAAUCGUGCUCGGAACACCCCAGGAAAAGGAGCUGACUACUCUGGUUCUGGGAAAGUUGAAUGAAUAUGGCUGGGCCGACAAUGAGGUCCUCGCCAACUUUAUCGUCGUCAUGGUUGCUAACGAGAAGUCCAAGAUCGAUAUUAUCGGAGAGCUGAACGACAUCCUUCCCGACCAAGCGUCCGAUUUCGUGGAUUGGCUUUACACCACCAUAGACGGAGGAGCUCAGGCAACAGAACCCACGCAGGCAGAGGAGCAGCAGCAAGCCACUCUAUCCUUACAACAGAGCCAAGAGAUCUCAGCAUCUGCCGCUGAGCCGGACGAUGUCUCUAUGGACGCCUCUCGCCAACGCCCAUCUCCAGAGUCACGCGCACCUGGGCGUUUGCUAAAGAGCGCGAUCAGCAACGCCACGAGGGAGGAGCCAGCACAACGUCGACAGGCACCCUCGAGAGUCUACGAGAACGAAAAGCGGGAGCGUAAUAGUCCUAAGUCGCGCGAGAGGAGCCUGAGUCCAGCGCGGUCCAGAGAAGGUCUUUCGACGCGAGACGAACGGAUCCGAUUCCGGAGAACGAGCAGGGAGCGUGCCCAGGAUGAAACCAGGAUAGAUGCACGCCUCGGUAACGGCCGCAAGGAUAACGAUCGCAUGAAAGGACGAUUAGGAGGAAGGAUUGAGGAUCGACUAGGCACUCGGGGCGAUGUCCGUGUCCGAUCUCGGGAGCGCUCAUGGGAUAGGCACAGUGAUUACCAUGACCGACGAAUUGACAGGAACAGUCAACAGAAUAAGAAUGAUCGUAGUGGUAGCAGGAGACGCGAUGCCUUGAGGGACAUUGAACGCCGUCUAGGUACUCGCCCUGUCAACAAUUUUGACCACGAUAGCGAUGAGAACCUUCCCCGUCAGCCUGCAUCGUGGUCAUGGAACCCAGAACAGAUGCUGCGUGUCGAAGCCGACAUCACACGACGUACCGUCGAGGCACAGACCGCCAACGUCACACGGUGUCGGUACUGGCCCAACUGUGCGCAGGGCGAGAUGUGUCAGUACUGGCACCCACGAGAGCUGUGCACGGACUUCCCCAAUUGCUCCAAGACGGCGGAUACGUGUCUUUACAUUCACCCACUCGCAGAACCAACAGCGGAGCAGGUUGCAGCAGCUGCGCGCCAGGCUUUGAUGCAGUCUAUGCGUAACAGCAACAACGAUUCGUCCGGCGGAAAUGGAGAUGGCAGCUCUACGCCCAAGAUCAAUGCGCUGCAGAUGCCCUUUGCAUUGGGGUCGUCUACGUCGCAGGACUGUAAGUUUGGAGCGCGAUGCACAAGGCCCGACUGCAAGUUCCGUCAUCCACAGAAAGAGUCGAAUCAGCAGCCCUGCAAGUUCUUUCCACACUGCACCAAGCCCAACUGUCCAUUCUUCCAUCCGCCAUAUGGGGAGCCAUUGGCACAGAAGGACACGACCAUGGAUGAGUCAGAGGUCAAUGGAGAAGUCGCUAACAGACUACCAACACUCUGUCGGUAUGGCGAUCAAUGCACACGCCCUGGUUGUCAUUUCACGCAUCCACGCGAUGGUCCCGCUGCUACCUCCACUAUGCCUCUUUGCAAAUUCAACCCUUGCACACGCCCUGGAUGUCCAUUCCGCCAUGCCCCCGGCCAAACACCUGGCGUGGGUCACCACAAAUCAUUGAUCCUCAACGGCGGCCCCAAAACCAGUGAACGUUUCGCAGGCGGUGUAGCAGAUGCGAGCGAAGUAGAGAAGCUGCAUGUGCCUGCUAGCGCACAUUGGGCCAGUGGUGGAAUCAGUCAUCAGCCGGACCAGUCCACCCACCAGCACCAACAACAGCAGGAGUUGGACCAGGCGACGAUCCAGGCAAUGGAGGAGCAGGCAGCAGCAGAGAUGGACAUGGACAUGGACGUUGCGAUUUAGAGUGAGGUCUCUUGAAGCGGAGUUUUGAUGGAUAUUGUUAUUUUUAAUCGUGGAGUCCAUUCGCAACAAGCGCUGCAUUGUGGUGGAAUGAGGGGACGGAUAUGAUACAGGAGAACUCGACUUACUGGAACACAAAAGGACAAAAAAAUGCACAAAAAUGAAAAACAUAAUAAAAAAGGACGAAAGACGAAAGAAAAAAAGAAAAGAAAAAAAAAAAAAA